AAUGGCUCCCAAGAGUCAGACGGUGACGACGAGGUUCAGAUUGUUCUUGACGACACCAUCAAGACUGAAGAACUCUCGCCAUCUGCUCAACCAAUCCAAUCUACCUCAACUGACCAGUCCGUCGGUAAUGGACUUGAUCCAGACGAUCCAUCUCAGCAGCCUGUUCUCUCUAUCCGCUCACUGGUAGGCACUAAAGACGCUGGAGUAAUCAUUGGACGUGGAGGCAAAAACGUAAGCGAGAUUAGAGAGAUGUCCGCUGCUCGCGUCACCAUCUCUGACAUCGUCCCUGGCGCCUUUGAACGUAUUCUCACCGUCAGUGGUCCCCUUGCUGCAAUUGCAAAGGCAUAUUCCUUGGUUGGAGAAAAGAUUUUAUUGGAGCAACCUGUUGGUGAAGAUGGACAAGAUCAAACACUUACCAUCCGUAUCUUGGUUCCUGACAAUCGCAUGGGUACAUUGAUCGGUCGCGGCGGAAGCGUAAUCAAGUCAAUACAAGAGCAGAGUGGUGCUCGUCUUAUUGCAUCAGAAGAAACCUUACCCAUGUCUACAGAGCGUACUAUCACUGUCAUAGGAACUCCUCCUGCUAUCCAGACAGCAGUAUACAAGAUCUGCGAGAUCCUCAUGGACCACAUGGAGCGCAUUAAUGGUGGGAUGAUGCAUUACAAGCCUCAACCUCAGAUGACAAAUUCUGCCAAUGGAAACAAUAGCAGCAAUAAUAGCAUUCCUUCUGCAAGUAGCCGUGGGUAUCAUUCUAUGCCUCGAUCAAACCCUGGAAUGGCUUCUCAUUCAAGCAGCAGUUACGGAAUGAUGGGUAUGGGUAUGAAUGUUGCUGCCAACCCGCAGUUCUACUAUCAGGCAGCUGCAGGCUACAAUGGUGCUUCCCAUCCAAGAGGAGGUUGUGCUGACUACGGAAUGGUAGCCAGCUCUCAAGCUCAACAAAUUCUCAUUCCUAAUGAGAUGGUCGGAUGUAUCAUUGGCAAAGGCGGUUCCAAGAUCAACGAAAUAAGACAAAUAAGUGGCAGCCAUAUCAAGAUUGCUGACCCACACGGAGACAAUAACGAACGUCUUGUUACUAUCACUGGAACUCCCGAGAGUAACCAGAUGGCACUUUAUAUGCUGUAUUCACGCAUU